GAUGUUGCUGCGGUCACACUAGCACUUCCACUUCCACACUAGGUCCUGUCCUUGCUCUUCUUCUUCCUCUGCCUCCAGCUGGUAUCUGUUGCCUGGCCAUGGAGCAGUCUCAGUCUCAGCGGCAGGCGCGGCCUUCGUGCUCCGCGGGGGGUGGCAAGGCCCAGGACUCCGGGGUGCUGACGCGCGAAGACUUCGACGGCGGACCGGUCAGCAUCGACGAGGUGGACACGGGCCUGUUUCUAGGUAACCUGACCGCGGCCACGCACAUGGAGACGCUGCGCUCCUUCAAGAUUACCCACAUCCUCACGCUGGACUCGGUGCCGCUACCGCAGCACAUUCUGGAGGCCAGCUUUCUGACCACCAAAUAUAUACAGAUUGCCGACAUGCCGCGCGAAGAUAUUCUGCAGCAUCUGGAGGGCUGCGUGGACUUCAUCAGCUCGGCCCUGGCCCAGCAGGGCAAUGUCCUUGUGCACUGCUACUUCGGCGUCAGUCGCAGCUCAUCCACGGUGAUCGCUUACAUGAUGAAGCGACACAAUCUGGACUUCCUGCCCGCCUACGAGCUGGUCAAGGCCAAACGGCGCUUCGUCCAGCCAAACGCUGGCUUUGUCAGCCAGCUAAAGCUCUUCCGGCGCAUGGGCUGCAAGAUUGAUCCCAACUGCCAGCGCUACAAGAUCCACCGCCUGCGCCUGGCUGGCGAGCAGAUGCGCAAGGCCAAGAUCCUGCCGCAAAGCUUCCACAGCGUGGUCCGUCCGGAUCCGGAUAUAACGCGCGAGAACCCGGAGCCCAUAGUGUUCCGGUGUCGUCGUUGCCGCCGCGUCCUGGCCUCCAAGUCGCAUGUACUGGAGCACAAGCCGCGUGACAGGCCGCCGCAGGAGGUGCUUCCGAAGGAGAAAGAAGAAGUCACUGCAGCUAAGCUGCCGGCUCAGUCACUGGAUCAGGCCGAGAAUCAUUCCAGUGGUGCUCGCAUGCUGGAGCAGCUGUCCGAGCGCAUCCGCCAGUCGUCGCUCGGUUCACCCGGCCACGAAAGCACGCCAAACUAUUGCCGCAGCAUACUGUUCGUGGAGCCCAUUGCCUGGAUGCACCGCAUCAUGCUGAACACCCAGGGCCGCCUGUACUGUCCCAAGUGCGAGCAGAAACUGGGAAACUUUAGCUGGAUCAACGCCUGCAAGUGUCCGUGCGGGGAGACGAUGACGCCUGCAUUUUAUCUGAUACCAUCCAAGGUGGAGCUCUCGAAGGCCGUGCAGAAUGUGCAGACCACGGUUUAGGUGCAGCGUGCUGGAAAAAGAGCGAGAUGGCAUCAUUGGAGGCGGGACAAUUGGACUCCCUUGUCGGCUGGCAUAGAUCGGCAAUCGCCCACCUAAACAGAAGUCAAUGGAGGCUUGGAUUGAUUGAUCGGUGCUCAUCAGUACUGGCCUACAUAUAUGGGCAUUAAGUUAUGUUUCUAUUGGCCAUUGGAGUUACAUAAGUUAAUGGCUCCAUUGGUCGAAUAUCAUGCUGAAUAGCUCCUCCACCAAGCUGAGAUUCUUGAAACGCAAGCAGUUAGCUUAGCUAUGCCCUCUUGGGAAGCCGAUCUCGGAUCGGAUACAAACUGAUUGCCAGGUUUACAAUAUCAAAACUUCCGCGCGAAGCAAACGUAAUUUAAUCACUAACUAACUAACUUCGGAUUCCAUUUGUGGUCAGUCAGUAUAAUAGUUCACUUUUCUCGAGAAUAAGAAAUAAUCACAGAGCAUCAUCCGGGCGCAACAUUGAUCUGCGAAUCCCCAAAGCUGAAAGAUACGUUGGUUGUUUCCGUAGCAUAUGGCAUAUGGUAUAUUGUUUCAUUUUAUAUAGUUAGCCAAUGAAUUCGCCAAUGUAGUUAAUUAUACACUUACUUAUGUACGUGCGAUGCAGUGCACCCAUAUUUGUUGGAAGCCAUACAAGUAAUAUUGAUCUUUGCUGUUCCAUAUGCAUUUGCAUAGCUUUUUGCAUGUUACCAACACACAAACUAUGAAUGUAUUUUAGAUAUUUGAACCUUUUUGGAAAAUAUUUUACGCAACGGUAAACGAAACAACAUUUUUCAAUGACAAUAUCUAAAUAUCUUAUGCGAUAUACAUAUAAUACACACAUUAUAUUAUAAUCACAACUUUGUCGGCCAAACGGACACGUCGUCGAGGGAACCAAGAUCCCAGCUUCCAUGGGACUCCGUGCACCUUUGGAUAUUGGCGCCACCUUAUCGAUAUUGAUGUGCUUUGUUGACCCAUAUCUACUGUAUUUAAACGAGUGUGCAUUGAUAUUAAAAUCAAAUUGUUUGUUUUCCA